AUGUCGAGACUGUUUUCUAUAGCAGAAGGAGCGCGGCAGCUGAGGACGGGUUGUUUUCGGACUUCGAACAAGACGACGGUGGGGGGAGUCUGGAAAAGGUGGAACCCGCGCUUGACGCCGACACCGGAAAGGUUUUUCCAGCUCCUAUCCCUAUAUCAGGAGUUGGAUCUGAUCAGAAUGAAACAGAGGGCAAAGAUGCCAAAGUCGGUGAUACCAAAACUGAGGUCAAAGUUACUUUUCAUCAUCCGUAUACAAGGCAAAAAUGAUAUGCAUCCAAAAACUAGGAACAUCUUGUACAGGUUGAGAUUGAGGAAAGUUUUCAGUGGUCUAUUUGUGAAGGCAACUGAGGGUGUGACGGAGAUGCUGCAGAAGGUGGAGCCGUAUGUCACAUAUGGUUAUGGAGGCAACUUUUCUUUCUUUCAAGUUCCCCUUUUUCUUUUUCUCGGAACCAUCUUCAGUAUUGAAUAAUUUAUACCAUUGUUGAGAGAGCGCAUUAAUGUCCUAAAUCGUGAAAUACGGUAGCAAGCUGAUUCAGCACUUUCAGAGUUUCUCCAAGAGAUUAAGAAC